AUGGUCACACCUCUCAACUCUCCUUCACCCUCCAUACAUGCCAUGGCAACAUCACAUCAUUUCUAUUCAUCUGAAGGCCAUGAAUGGGUAGAACGAGAAAAGAAGUUGGGAGAUGUUGUGGAUGUUGUUUUGAACGUUUUACAAAACAUGGCACUCGAUGCCAAGCUGGACGAAGAGCGGUUGCUCAUGUCAGUGGCAGAGCUUAAACAUGUGAGAGAUUGUUUAAAAUUUCAAUUGCCCUUCCAAGACCGAGAAAUUGAUUGGAUCGCCAAACGAUUAAAGUCACCUCGAGGAUCUGAAGAGGAAGAUCAUGUAUCAUCUUCCACCUCACUCUCAACAAGAACAACAAAUAACCAUCCUUCAUCUGUUUCAGAUGAAGAAGAAAUUAAAAAGUCUCUCGGUACUUUUGUGGAGAUUGAUUUUCACGAGUCACCUCCACCUCCACCACCUUCCAAAUCAUCGACGGUAACAACAAGUUCUUUUUUAGAACCACACGAUUUCAAAUCAAAUCAUAGUUCUUCGUCAUCCUCACAACACAAAGAACAAGCGACAAAAACAGACACGAAUAACACCAAUAGCGGUGAGAUUGUUUUCCAUCCUCUUUUGAAAUAA